AUGGUGGCGAAGCGAACUCGACAGCUGGUUAUUGUGAGACGCGUGGCUGCUGCCGCCCCUGUUGCCCCCCUCCACCCGCUCCUGCUCGCACCGCUCUCGCCCGCCUUCAUCUGCGCGCACUGCGUGCUGCUGCCGCCUCGCCCUGCUUCUCCAUCCAUCCCCCUCUCUCCUUCCCUCCGUGCCCUCACUCUCUCGUGCAAGGCCGUUGCUCGCGUUUUCGUGCCAUGCACCCUCAUCACAUGCCGUGUUGCCACAUGGUGCCACGUGGCAGGGCGUAUUGGCGGGCUGCAUCAUCACCGCUAUCCUCUAUCUCUCCGCCGUGCUCCAGGUGCGCGCAGGUGCGCCCAGGUGCGCCCAGGUGUGUCGAGGUCGCCCCCCCAUCCCCUUCCUCCCAUGUCGCUCACUCCCAUUUCGCUCACUCCCAUGUCACUCACUCCCAUGUCACUCACUCCCAUGUCGCUCACUCCCAUGUCACUCACUCCCAUGUCACUCACUCCCGUGUCGCUCACUCCCAUGUCGCUCACUCCCAUGUCGCUCACUCCCGUGUCGCUCACUCCCGUGUCGCUCACUCCCGUGUCGCUCACUCCCAUGUCGCUCACUCCCAUGUCGCUCACUCCCAUGUCGCUCACUCCCGUGUCGCUCACUCCCAUGUCGCUCACUCCCAUGUCGCUCACUCCCAUGUCGCUCACUCCCGUGUCGCUCACUCCCGUGUCGCUCACUCCCGUGUCGCUCACUCCCAUGUCGCUCACUCCCAUGUCGCUCACUCCCAUGUCGCUCACUCCCAUGUCGCUCACUCCCAUGUCGCUCACUCCCAUGUCGCUCACUCCCAUGUCGCUCACUCCCAUGUCGCUCACUCCCAUGUCGCUCACUCCCAUCGCAGAGCAAGUGGCGCGGAUGGCAGCGGCGGACGUGGUGGGGGUGGUGAGGGAGGAGGUGGGGCGCGUGGGCGGGCAGGUGGACGCGGUGCAGGCGCUGCAGCGGGCCAGCGCACAGGCAGGAGGGGAUAGAGGAGCGGAGCUGGAGGCGCGUGCGAGGGAGGCGGAGGAGAGGGCGGCGCAGCUGAACGAGACCGUGGGGCGCCUGCAGGCUGCUCUCAGGCAGCACAGCGCCACCAUCGCUACUCUGCAGGCAGCGGAGCAGGCAGCAGCAGGGGUGGCAGGGAAGGAAGGGGGGAGGCCACUGGGCAGGACGGUGGUGGAGGAGGACCACCCGGGGCGAUGGAGGCAACACACCUUCCACCGCACCGGCGCCUAUGGCUUCAUCCAGUACAGUGCGUACCGGCUGUCAGCGGCGCGCAUAGCGGUGGUGGGGAUGGGCGCACUGGGGCUGCGCAGCAAGCGGCGUGUGGAGGGGUGCUGGUGGCACCGCUUGGACGGGCACACAGUGAUAGCGGGCAGGCUCACCCAGAUGGUGAUGGAGGAGCACCACAACUACCUCUACGAGCUGGUGGUGCUGCAGUGCGUGCUGGAGGAGGAGGUGGAGGAGACGGGCGGGCAUCUGCGCAUCUUCCUCGACCGCCAAGUGCUCUUCCCUUUCCGAGAAGACACCAAGGAGAAGAUAGACAACGGAACGGGCCCCAUGCCGUACCGCUUUGCAUACUGCGGGCCGCCCAUGCACAUGGAGAUGGAGCAGCGCAGCGUGCAGCAGUUCGUCCACUACCACCGCUACGCCGCCGGCUACGACCACUUCCAGCUCUACGACGCCACCGCUGUCACGCCCGCCCUCACAGCGGCGCUGCAGCCGCUCAUGGACGACGGGCUGCUCUCCAUCGCUGACUUCCGUGAGGCCUACCAGUUUGACUCGUGGUACUUCUCCCAGGCGGUGGCGAUGCACGACUGCAUGUACGGCAUGCAGCAGAGGGCGGACUGGAUCGCCUUCCACGACCUGGACGAGUACCUCGCCCUGCCCCCACCCGCCUCCGUGCCCGCACUGCUGCAGCGCUACGCCGCUCUGCCCUACAUCACGCUCGGCAUGUACGUCUUCAGCGCGCACCUCUGUGAGGAGGGUCCCGAGGACGUGUGGAGCGACGAGGAGAAGCGGUUUGCGGUGGAGCGCAUGGUGCAGCGCCGCUCGGCGCCGUACUGCCUGCGCGGGGAGGACGACCCGAAGGUCUGCAUCGACUACUACGGCCACCGCAAGAUGUUCGUCACCCCCCGCAAGGUGGAGGCGGUGUACGUGCACCUGGUGGAGAAGCCGGCCACGGGCGGGGUGGACCUGAGUGUGGAUGAGAUGUACUUCGCCCACCUGCGCUCCCUCAAUGGCAAGGGAGUGGCGUGCCGCCCGCCCACGGACAAGGAGAACGACCUGCCGCCCGCGGAGCUGGAGAAGUGCACCACCGUGGCCGACACCGCUGCCCGCGCCCGGGAGUGCGCUCAGGAGGGCUUCUCCAACCAGUUCCUGUGCAAGCCCAGAGCCACGCGCUAG